UUUUGAAGAAUACUGGUCAGAAAAGGAUGCAGUGAAAUUUGCUUUCCCCAAUAGUCAGAUUGUGAUCAAUUUGUGUAAUAAAAUCCCAUAUCCGCCCUUGCGCGUGCCCGCGUCUGCUCCCUAAUAAGAGGCUGCCGCCGCAUCCCAACACUUGUUGCUCAUGCUUCAGCAUCUCCUCACUCUCAUGCUUCAGCAUCAGCACCACCUCCGAACUUCUCCGACCAGAGAAAAGAAGGCAGAAGAGCGGCGCCAACAUGAGAGCAGCGUGUUUCUGCCUCCUCAUCUGGAUUACUAAUCCUGACUGGACGGCGGGAUUGAACGACUCCUCACUUUUAGAGGACAGCACCCUUCCGUUCACGGACGACCUGCUGCUGAACGCGUCCGGACAGCCGGGGAACCGAACUUCUGUCUUCUUCCUCCUGGACUUUGAUGAAGGGAUGCUGGAGGACUGGCGCUCGCUGGCCGACAGAAAGAGCAGCGGGAAACAGUCACAGGACAGCGGCGUGAAGGUGCUGCUCGUGGCCGCGUACUCCCUGAUCAUCGUGAUCUCGCUGUUCGGGAACACGCUGGUGUGUCAUGUGGUGGUGAAGAACAAAAGCACGCAGUCCUCCACCAGCCUGUUUAUUCUGAACCUGGCUGUGGCUGACAUCUUCAUCACGGUGCUCAACACCCCCUUCACGCUGGUCCGCUUUGUGCACAGCACUUGGGUGUUUGGACGGGCGAUGUGUCACAUCAGUCGCUUUGUGCAGUACUGCUCCCUGCACGUCUCCACCCUCACCCUCACUGCCAUCGCGCUGGACCGGAGACAGAUGAUUUUACAUCCUCUGAGACCCCGCAUGUCUCCGGUUCAAGGCGGCUUUUGGGUGGCUGUUAUCUGGAUAAUGGCCUCAUGCUUCUCCCUCCCACAUGCAAUCUACCAAAAACUUCUCACUUUCACAUACAGUAAGGAAAUGGAGCGUAGCUUGUGUGUGCCAGACUUUCCAGAGCCAUCGGACGUCUACUGGAAGUACAUAGAUCUUCUCACUUUCAUUCUGCUCUACAUGCUUCCUCUCCUCAUCAUCACGGCCUCCUACACCACGGUGGCCCGACGAUUGUGGCGCCACAACAUCAUUGGUGACACGACAACAGCUCAGCACGCCACUCAGAGAAAGAAGCGGCGACGCACACUGGCCAUGCUGCUCCUGGUUGUUGUUGUGUUUGCCAUCUGCUGGUUCCCUCUCAACUGCUAUGUGGUGCUGCUCUCGAGCCAGGCCAUCCACUCCUCCAACGCUCUCUAUUUCUGCUUUCACUGGCUGGCCAUGAGCUCCACCUGCUACAACCCUUUCAUCUACUGCUGCCUGAAUCCCACGUUCCGCCAGGAGCUGCGGCUCCUUCUUAACCGCUGCAGGUGGAGGCGGAGAUCAGCGAUAGGGUUGGUGCCAGAGCGUCACCCUGCGGGCGCCUGUGCUCCCCGCCACAGAGCAGCCUGGCCUGACAACCAAGAGUCCUCCAGACCGAGCCAACCUUUGUCCCACCAGAGCCAGAACUCCUGCCAGCAAAGUCACGCUUCAUCCGGCCACUCCCACAACCUGAAAGAUGCAUGUGUGCUCUUCACAGCCAGGCAGGCCCUCACAGGCAGGACUGACAUCCUCGCAGUGGAGCCCAUUGUGGCCACAAAAUAAAGAAAACCUUCUUGCAGGAUUUGACAACCUACUGGGAAUGUUACUCGUCCUAAAAGAAGAGCAUAAAAUGUGAGCAACACAGAUGGUUGGCUGGUCCAAAUAUGACAAAGACAAGAUGACGGGGAAAAAUAUUCCUGAACUAUUUGCUGAUUUGAUGGUGUUUCUCUGUUGGAGCAGAGGUGUCGUACUCCAGACCACGAGGGCCGGCAUCUCGCUGGUUUGCAGAAACCUAACCUUACUUGCUGCUGAUUGUCUGGAUCAGGUGUGUUUUGCCAAUGAUGAGCUACAAUGACAGAUUAAUUGGGAAAACAUAUGACGAGGCCUGAAGUUUGACACCUGUUUGUUGGAUGAUUGUAUAUCUUCUCUGAGCAUUUUCACAUUGAUUUAAAAAAUAUAUCUUUAUUUUUCUAAUUUAAAAAUAUUUUAGGCUGAGCAAAUGCAACAUAUAAAGCCUUUCAGAUACUGACUCAUCAUCUGAGUCACACUUUCAAGCUUUCAUCUCCUUUUCACAAAUGUGCCCCCCACCCCCCAACAUCAUUAUUAUGAUGAUGCAGGAGAGGAUCCUGAAAACUGGCUUUUAUGCUUAUGACAAGCAGUCUGUGUCUGCAUUGAAAAAAUGAUAAUUACACUUUCACCAGCCUUUGCAGAUGUGAAUGUGUCAGACUGCAGCUGUGCUCUUCUUUCAUUAUCUGGUAUUCAUCUCAAGUAUGCUUAAGGACACCAAUACACAAGUCAUGAAGAGGAUUGUGAUCCAUAUUUUAUCCAUCAUUGGAAGUCAUAAUCUGAUUUUACCCUUAAAGCGUCCUUAAGCUAUGUUCACAAGGCCUUCUAAAACGCAUUUCACACAGCCACUUCUAAUGAUAAGUCUAUAUAAAUGUGUGUAAAUGCACGUUCUGCAUUCAAAACUUUUUCAUUCACGCGUAGCUACGCAAGUUUCUUCAUCCUUUUUCGGGCUCUAGUUAGAACACGCGUCGCCACUGAAUUGCAAGUUAAACAAGGUCAAAUUUAACCAAUUGAGAACUCUGACUUGGAUAUACAGUAUAUAUGACACCAGGUCUUCCAUAUAUCGGAAUAAAGUUGUGAGAGAAAAAGCCUGGAGCAAGAUUCUUGAGAUUUGCACCCCUUUGACAUUUCACACCAAACCUCUUCCUACAGUAGGUGGCGGACAUGCGUUAGUAAAUUGAAAAAAAAAAAAAAAAAAAAGGAUAAGAAUCCUGGCUGUCUGGUGUAGCCACGGGCUAAAUGCACGUUCAAUAACCCGUGUUUAGCAUCAACGCGUGUCACAUAUCUGAUUUACCUGUUGCUUAAACAAGUCCCUUAAGUAUUGUGGGGGUUUAAGUGUUCAAAAUUACACAUGCCCAAAUCUCGAUUUCCUGUUUUCAUUUUUAGAAAUGUGGGAACAAAUUUAUUGUCUAUCUCAUCCAUUUCUUCCUCCCUCAUGUGUCGCCUUUCUCUCCUUAUCAAUCCAUCCUUUCUUUUCUGCCUAGACUUCAUAAUCGAAACAACAAGACAUUGGAAAGAUAUUAUUCACAUUUCUGAUGACUCCUGGACAGCUAUGUACAAUUUGUGUUGGUUUCUUUCCAAAAAAUCCUCUGCAUUACCAUAACCCUUUGAUGUAUCUACAUUUUGUUGACUUUGUAUACCACAGACGCAAACCCCUGCAUUUGUUGGUCAGAAAUAAAGAUAAGAUGUUUAAAAGUUCA